AUGGGCGAUUUUAAUACAGAUCUCCUCACUCCGCACUUAACCCGUUCCUCUAAGCUCCUUCAAAUUGUCGAUUCGGUUGGCCUCCACAUUUUACCUUUACAAGCCACUCACCACAAUAUUGAUGUGGAGGAUACCUGGCUUGACUUAAUCCUUACCUCUGCUCCUUCUCUUGUCUUCUGCCACGGUCAACACUUUGCACCUGUUUUCUCCUAUCACGACCUCAUUUUCCUUUCUUACGUCCUUAAACCUCCUAAACCUCCAGCUAAAACUCUACACAUGCCUUGUUUUGGUCGCUUGGAUGUUGAAAAGCUUUGUGUGGAUGCAUCCAAAAUAAACUGGAACAGCGUGGUUUCUGCACCCACUGUGGAUGAAAAAGUUGGGGCUUUGAAUGAAGCUAUCCUUAAAUUAUAUGACGUACAUGCUCCCAUCAAAAAAGUUUUUUGA